AACGCUUCAAGCACAGUUAUUUUAAAGCUUCCACCUUAGAUAACACUUUUUUCCUUCUAAUCUAAUGAUCCGCAUUAAAUUGGUACAAAUGAUAUCUAUUCUUCUGCUAGGUUUAUACUUCCAAGUAGCAAACACGGAAUUCAGCGUGGAAUUAGUGCAAGUGUUAUUCAGACAUGGAGAAAGAACACCGCGUGAGAAAGAACUAUGCCCGAGGGAUCUUCUCGAUGUAUCGGUUUACGAACCGUGGGGUCUUGCUCAGCUGACAAACGUAGGAAAAAUGAGGGAAUAUCAAAUUGGAAAAAUGUUAAGAAAUCGUUAUGAUAAAUUUUUAGGAGAUCUUUAUCAUCCUAGUGAUGUGUAUGCAUUUAGUUCUGAUCAUGAUCGAACGAAAAUGUCCCUUCAGCUGGUACUGGCCGGACUUUACCAUCCGGCUUCAGUACAAAUGUGGAAUGAAAAUUUAUCGUGGAUGCCGAUACCAACGCAUUAUAUGCCAGAGAAAGUGGAUGAUCUUAUGAAACCAGAUUUAUCUCCAAUAUACAUAGAAGCUAUGAAAGAAGCAAGAAAGUCGGAAGAAAUUGUUAAAAAAGUAUCUCCAUACAAAAAUCUAUUCAAGUUCCUUAGUGAAAAGACUGGUCUAAAUAUAACUGAAACAAACCAGGCGUACGAAUUAUAUAAUCAGCUGGCAGCACAGAAAAGUAUGAAUCUUGCUAUACCGGAAUGGUGUACCGACGAUGUUUAUGGAAAACUUCAAGAUAUCGUGAAGAUUGAAUAUGAAAUUCGUUCUCAUACACCGUUAAUGAGGCGAUUAAACGGCGGAGCGCUAAUCAGAAGGUUCAUUGAGAAUAUCACAGUAAACGAGGAGUGUGAUAAUCCAAGAAAGAUUUAUCUGUACAGCGGACAUGAAGUAAAUAUCGCUGCUGUUGUGAAAGCACUCAAUCUUACCGAACCCGAAUUACCACCCUACGGUUGUGCAAUUAUAGUUGAGAAAUUGAGGGACCAAGCUGGCAAAGUUUAUAUUAAGAUGCUGUUUUGGAGUGGAAGUACAGAACAGUUAAAAACUUAUAAAAUUCCGGGAUGCGACGAAAUUUGUCCACUCGAAAAGUACAAAGACAUUGUAAAAGACCUCAUUCCAUCGGACGAAGAAGCUAAUCACAAAUGGAAUUAUUUAUCAAAAGAGGAAUUACAUAAAUUGUAUGAAGAACGUAUUAAUCUCAAUUAAAUGUUUUCUAACAGUAAG